AUGGACAAUCAGCAUGCGGUAGCAAGGCAUUAUGCGAUCCUUAUCGGCAUUGAUGCCUAUCCUUGCGGGUCCUUGACCAGCUGCGUACGAGAUGUAACAAAGAUCAAGCAAUGCCUCGAAGAUAAACUGAGUUCGGUGCAUGUCCGGACAUUGACAGCAAGCAAGAGUCUCGAUCCGAGGACAGUUAAUCCCCUUGAAACCCCAGAGAACUGGCCAACAUAUCGCAAUGUGACCUCAGCCUUUGAAGAAGUUACAUCUCAUGCAGAACCAGGAGAUUUCGUUUACAUUCAUUACUCAGGGCACGGCACUAGACUGACUCCGUGCUUUGACUUCUCCAACCAGUCCACCGGGGAUUUGGCUCUGGUUCUUCUCAAAGGAGAUCAAAGCCCUGAGAUGUAUCUUCGUGGAGCGCGACUGGCCCGCUUCCUCAAAGACAUGGUCGAUAAGAAAUUGAUAGUCACUCUUGUUCUGGACUGUUGUUUCUCUGCGACCGUAUACCGCAAUGGUGGACCCAGUGUCCGAUAUCUCCCAUACGACCUCGCGACGGACUCGGACUCAGUAUCUUCAUCAGAUUUCGAGAUUAGCUUCAUAGAUAGAGAUACUUGUUCUGAGAAACGGACUGUAUCUAUGCGCGAUAACUGGUUGCUGGAACCGGAUCGCUAUGCCAUCCUCGCCGCUUGUGGGCCUGACGAGAACGCUAAGGGCGGUUCUGAGAAAGGGUUAACAUACGGAGCUUUGUCCUAUUUCUUAUUCCGAGCGCUCUCUGAUCAUGGACUCGGGAGGACACACGAGGAAAUAUAUCGUCAUAUACGAGCUAUGUUCUGGGAGUCCUCCAUGGCGCAACAUCCCGUGCUAUAUGGAAACGGCUACCAGGGCUUCUUCGGUCCACUCAAAUCGCACUGCCCUGUAAGGUCAAUCAGCAUCAUCAAGCGUGAAAGAAACCUUCAGCUACUGACUGGCAAAGCGCACGGUAUCCGUGAUGGAGAUCAGUUUACCGUAUAUCCUUCAAGAUGGACAAGCGGUGAUGGUGAUAAGGAAACGUCUAUCGCCAAGGUCAUCUGUGCCAAAGCUCUUACAUCCCAGUUGGAGUUAAUAGGGCCCCAGUGCAACCUUCAAACAGGGUUCAUCGCGGUGCCACUCACUUGCGCGUGUCUCGCGAGUUUUCCCAUCAACCUGGCACCCAACCUUCCGCAGCGUGAGGAAUGGCUAGCAGCGCUAAAGACACGUUCGCUUAGUACCGGCACUGACCAAAUUCCGACCCUCCAGGUCAUGCUAAACAACAUCGACGAAUAUGAAAUAUUGGACAACUUGGGUCGGAAGCUCGUCAAUCUACCAGCCAUGCCUCGCGACCAAGUGAAUACUAGUCGCAUGUGUGAUGUGCUAGAGCAUUUGACUCGGUUCAUGAUGUUCAAGGACUUGAAUAAUCAGGUACCCAAGGCUGCAUUCCGAGCAUCAUUUGAUAUUCAAAUAGCUUCGGACAGAGCAGUAUUCAGUCCAGAAGAACAGAUCGAAGUGCGGCACAACAGCAUCAUGGAAGUUUCCAUAAUCAAUAAGGGAGAUACAGCUCUAUAUGCACAUAUGUACAAUCUAGACUCCUCUUGGAGGGUCAAAGGAAUGCUCUAUGCAACUUACGAGACUAUUCUUCCAAGAAAGAAUGCGUGCAACGGCGACUUAUCAUAUCUGGGCAGGUUUUCAAAGAAGAUCAAGAUGACAGUUCCUCCAAUGAUGAGGGAGUAUGGUUCGUGUGAGGACAUCAUUAAAGUCUUCGUAACUUCCCAGCCGACAUCAUUUGACUUGCUAGAGUUGCCAAAUCUUCAUGGGCUAGUGAGUACGAUUGCGGAGGCGAGGCUGAGCCAUUCAAGUUCUAAUAGCCAUGUCUCAGAGGAUUGGGUAGCAUUGAGCUUCCCUAUCCGUACAUUAGUCUGA